CAAGGAACCUCUGACGAAUCAGUUGUGCUCUCACACUAUUCAAGACUGAAAAAAUCAUUGUGAUCAGUCGAGCCUUAAAGUAAAGCAGAACAUUCCAAUAAAUAAAUAUUCUAAAUUGAUUUAAGGAUGCCAUCGACUGGGAUGAUCGCGCAGAAUCAGGCACCGGUGCCAGAGCAAGAGCAGCAUCCUUUAGCAGCGGAGCAGACUGUCCAGGUGAUUGCAGAAGAGCAAGUGCCACAAGCGGCUGGUGCUCCAGCGACUCCAGCAAAUGUUGAUGCUCCUAGAAAUAGGCGCCCAGAACAUCGACAUAGGCGCCAACAAACGCCUCCUCGAGUCGCUUAUCUUGUUGCCUGGAACAGGGUCAAUUUCCCCGAACACAGGGGCCGACCAGAGGCAGCACACGACGACUCAGUGUUCAUGGUGUUCGUGAUUCAAAUCUGUGCAUCCAUGACCUACAACGACUACGAAAAGUUGUUGGCCGGUGCCUUCCUCUGGUGUUUGUAUCUGCUACAGCCCAACAUUGCGCUCUUGAUCUUAGCCGGGAUGUUCUCGCCGCUAAACGGACCCGUCAUAUCGGCCAUUGUUGGGUUCAACGGCCCAGGACAUCCUCUAUCAAUGCAAUUAUCUCCCCAAAUUCGUGCGUAUGGGAAUGGCCAUCCUCUCUGGAGUUUCUUCCGUCAUGUGUUUUAUGGAUGAAAGCUUUUUAUACUCAGUGCGUGUGGCCACCUCGACCUCCCUGCUGCUGCAGGCAGUGGGAGCAGGUAUGCAACUUGGCCUAGGCCUUGCCACCCAGAUGUUUCAGCCGGGCCAGCAUAUGUGCAAGAACCGGUUCAACUCAUACACGUGCCAGUACUCCAAACACCUGGAAAUCGAGAUGAUCAUGUCGGGCCUGGUAAGCGUCUUCCAAGUCGCUCUUAUCUUGUCCUGGAUAACAAUGAUGGGCACAUUCGGCCUGUGGUGGGCGUUCUGCAACCAACGCAUUCCGGUCCUGCAGAAUCCCCGCUAACCGGAUGGAAGCACACAGGAGAUGCUUCGGAGGAACAGCCAAGUCGGCAUAUGCGUAGCUGAUUAUUUAUAUUGAUUUUUAAUAAAUUGUUAAGCCAGUUGGAAAUAUAAUUGGGACGAAUCUCUGCAA